UAGAAACUGACGCGUGCGUGGCUCUUGCAAGGAACGGAUGAGUCGGCCGGCAAUCAAUUUCAAUCUCUGCGAAUUAGGAAAUUAACAAGUAAUUAACCCAGGGCCGCCCCAACCCCUGGCGGUACUUCCUGUGUCCCUUACUCCGCUUUUCAUCCGACUGCGAAUUUUAUCAAUCGCUCCUCUUCUUAGGUCGAGACAAUGGUCCAAGUCAAUAAGAUUUGCUGUAUUGGAGCAGGAUAUGUUGGAGGCCCAACAUGCAGUGUCAUUGCACAGAUGUGCAAGGAGAUCACCGUGACUGUGGUGGAUGUAAAUGUCGAGCGAAUUAAGGCCUGGAAUUCCAACCAUCUUCCUAUCUUUGAGCCAGGUCUUCAGGAAGUGGUGGAGUCCUGUCGUGGGCAGAAUCUCUUCUUCUCCACUGAUAUCGACAGUGCGAUUAAAGAAGCUGAUCUGAUCUUUAUAUCGGUAAACACUCCCACAAAGACUUUUGGUAUUGGAAAGGGCCGUGCUGCGGACCUGAAGUACAUUGAGGCCUGUGCUCGCCGGAUAGCAGAGGUGGGCAACGGGGGCAAGAUAGUGGUGGAGAAAAGCACAGUGCCAGUGAGGGCAGCGGAGAGUAUUCGGAGGAUAUUCAAUGCCAACACCAAGCCCAACCUUAACCUUCAGGUGCUGUCUAACCCAGAGUUCCUGGCUGAAGGAACAGCAAUCGCUGAUCUCAAAAAUCCGGACAGAGUAUUGAUUGGUGGAGAUGAGACACCUGAAGGUCAGAAGGCCAUUCUGGCCCUCAAAAGUAUCUAUGAACAUUGGGUCCCGGAGAACAAGAUCAUUACAACCAACACCUGGUCAUCGGAGCUCUCUAAACUGGCUGCCAAUGCCUUCCUUGCUCAGCGGAUCAGCAGCAUUAACUCCAUCAGUGCCUUGUGUGAGGCAACAGGGGCUGACGUGGAGGAAGUGGCCCACGCCAUUGGCACCGACCAGAGGAUUGGAAGCAAGUUCCUAAAAGCCAGUGUUGGUUUCGGAGGCAGUUGCUUUCAAAAGGAUGUUCUCAAUCUGGUUUAUCUUUGCGAGGCCCUCAACCUUCCAGAAGUGGCCAGAUACUGGCAACAGGUGAUUGAAAUUAACGAUUACCAACGGAGAAGAUUUGCAGCACGUGUAAUCGGUUGUCUUUUCAACACUGUCACCGAUAAAAAGAUCGGAUUGUUGGGGUUUGCCUUCAAGAAGGACACUGGAGACACGAGGGAGUCUUCCAGUAUUUACAUAUCCAAAUACCUUCUGGAUGAGGGAGCCAGGCUGCACAUAUUUGAUCCAAAAGUGAAGAAGGAGCAAAUUGUUCAAGACCUGACUCACACCAGUGUUUGCGAUGAUGAUCCUGACAGGGUGUCACGUUUGGUCACCGUAUCGUUGGAUCCUUACGAGGCUUGUAAGAAUGCCCAUGCUAUUGUGAUCUGCACAGAAUGGGAUAUGUUCAAGGAGCUGGACUAUGAGAAGAUCUACAAGGCGAUGCUGAAGCCAGCAUUUAUCUUUGAUGGCAGGCGCAUUUUGGACAGUCUUCAUGAAAAGCUCCAGCAUCUAGGUUUCCAGGUUGAAACCAUUGGAAAGAAGGUAACUGAGAGGAUACCAUUCACUGCCAAUAAAGAUAUCUCAAGGAUCGACUUGCAAGCUCCUCCUGCCAAGAAGCUAAAGAUUUAACGUUCAACUGCUCCUUGUGACUUUCAGUCAUGCAUUUUAUACACUCAGUAUUAGUUUUUAUAUAAAUGAAAAUUUUCAAUCUAUACCCAUUAUGCUUAAUGACACUAAGGACAAUUUUUAGGUAGUUUUUAUAAAAAUGUCACAGGGGCUUCCUCAAUUUGUGUUUUUUAAUCUUUUUGGUUUACAUGAGGCCUAUACACAAGGUCCUGUCAAGCUGGAGGAGUUUGCAUUAGUUAAACUGAGGCCCAAUGUCUAAACUGUAAGAUCAUUACUAAGUUAUUCUGAAUAAUGAAUCCUACAUAGGUUUGUAGGGAGGGAAGGAAAGAGUAAAAAUUAAUCCCUUUUGGCACAUCAUGCUAGUUGUUUCCUCAUGGACCAAGCCAACUCUGGACAUAUUCCUGGAGGUGCCAGCAAAGGAUCUCCUGCCUCCAACUGCCUUUUCUCUCUCACUCCUGGUAUUGGUUGCCCAACGUGUCCACACCCACAGGGCACUGCCUUCCUGAGGCCAAUUGAAAAGCAAAUAGACUCCUUCAUUACCCAAUUGGAUGAUAGGUGACUAUUGGUCAGAUGACCUUUCUUCCUCUGUGAACAAUAGGGUUCAAAGAAAUGUUAUCUUUCGUAAAAGCACCAUUUUGCUGAAUGACCUGAUGAUUUUUCUCCUGGGGUUUGCCCCGCUGCUGUCUCAGAAACUAGGCUUUAUUCUUGGAGAGUCCAGGACAAUCCUGGCAGGUUGGCAAACCUAGGACCAAAUGGGUAGAACUUUCUUAAAUUAAUUGUCUUCCUCCUUUCUCCAUUUUCAAGAGAGGACAGUGAACUUCUAAUCUUUAAAUAAAAAAAUGACAAGGUUUGUUUAAAUAUAUAUAUGUAUAUGGGUUACUACUCUGUUGGACCUAGUUGGUGCCCUCUGCCACUUUUCUUCAUUGAGGGUUGCCAUCUUAUGCCCAGCCCAAAGCCAGAUAGGGUGGGAGGAAAGUUGACUUUAACUUUGCUUGACGUUUCAUUACUUUUUUUAAAAUAGAUCCUCCAUUUUACAGGAAAGUACUGGGGGUGGGGAGGUUCUACAUUAAACAUAACUUUAGAAAAUUCUAGAUUGUAACAAGCAGUCCACUCAGAGACUAAAUAUGUUGCUGGAUAGAGAGACAUGUUACUGAAGCUUUUUGUCUUUAAGAUAAUCAGUUGAGCUUGUAAUGCGGCUUAUUUACACUUGCUAGAAGUGACGGACAUUCACAAGCAGGGACCCGUUCUCUGCAAACAAUUUUUGCUCUUUUUUUAAAUUACCCAGGAUCUGUAGUUCCCCGUUGCUUUUUCCAUGGCAGCACCUUGGCCAAUGAGAGUCGACUUUCCAAUCAGCACCCUUUUCUCCUGUAGUAUAAAUUGGUGUGAUUGUUUGAAAUUUGGCAUUCUUGUGUUUGUCCUGAUGAGCGCAAGAUGAAAAGUUGCAGAAACAUGUCUCUCCUUUCAGCAAGAAUCAGGUCCUGUACUAUCAAGUGGCAAACUGAACAUAGUGGCAGCCCUAAGUCCAUGGACCAAUAGCACGUUACUGCUUUUAUGGAAUAUGUUUUUAGAAACAAGUUUUGCACCUUUCAUUGUUGGUUGCAGCAGAGAGGCCCACAUUGUUGUCGUCCUCACAGAAAAAUGAGGAAAUUCUUGAACGGUCUCCACGUGAAGGGGAGACCUUUUAAUCCAACUCACCGGGCAGGAAUUCCACAGGACAGGAGAGCUGGUUCUACAUCCUCCCGAUGAUUGAUUUCAGUGGAAAUUGAAAUCGGGAGGGAUGUAAACACAGCAUCACACCGGAUCUCAUUGCUUUCUCGAUGGGCAGAUUGGAUUAAAAUUGCCCCUCUGAUCCCCACUGACGUAAAGUGUGUUGAACUUUUAAUAAACCACUUGGGGGGAGGGGGGCCAACAGCAGAUGGGAGGCACAGCAAUGCAGAUUAAGAUUACAGUUAGACCCAUUGUUUUUCCUCCACAGCCCCCUGGUUCUGAAAUUGUUUAAUUUACAUUGGUAGAUGUGUGUUUAAAAAAAGAACCCAUUCAUUCCUACAAUAACUUUAUAUAGUGCGUACAUAAAUGGGGAGGGACCAGUUCACUCAAUUGGCUAGCAUGUGGAUCAGAAUAACGCCAACAGUACGGGUUCAAAUCCAACUCUGGCUGAGGUAGACUUGGGAUCUACUUUCUCAUCUGCCCUGUGCUUAAUGUGGAGUUGUGCCCUUCAAGCUAAACAGCCAAUUGUCUCUCUGUAAUAGAGAGAGAUGCCUAUGAUUCCUUGUGGACUAUGGCUAAUUCCCUACCUACCAAGAGAAAUGGGACUUUGCUCAAAAUGAGCACUGAGUCUUGACUGGCAUACGUAAUCCUUAAGAUAAAUUACUUAAAAGUAUAAGCGGAUUUAAAAGCCCGAGAGAAAUAGCCAGUGAGAAUUAGCAGUCAGUGAAUUUUAAUGCAGAAUUUUAGUCUAGUGAAUUAUUGUUUGCAAACCUUGAUGAGUUUGGACUUGAUCAAAAUACUAAUUUAUACAAGAGACUGGAGUAUGUAGUUUAUUAUGAAAUAUGAAAAUUGGAAGCCUGUUCUCCAUUUUAAUAAAGGUGGUUUAUCAUGACUGGUAGAUCUUGUGUAGUUGAAUGUACUAUAAGAUUCAUCAGUCCCAAAAAGAUUGGAUUUUAUUGGCAUCAAUGGCAAUUUGAUAAGUAGAUGAAUAAAACCUUUAUUACAGGACUGGAGUGCGUGUAGAUUGUGAAAUGGAAAAGAAUCAUGAGACCCACAUCCCAAGUCAAUAACUUUCAUUAUUGAUGUUGGGCAUCGAAUGAUACUGUGAAAAAUGUACAUUCUCCUGAACUGAUUGUACCUUAUACACUUUUUAAAAGAAAAAAACACUUCUGUAUAAACCUUUUGUUUUGUGUUCAUGUCGGAGUGUAAUCAUAUUUGAUAUGCCUCUUUCAUAAUAAAAUUAAGAUUUGGAAACGA